AAAAACUGGUUUUUCACUGUUCCUUAUGGGCUUCCAAUAUCACUGCCGGCCACUGCACUCCCAUCGCCUUCCAUGAUUCCUCCUUGACACUGUCGGCUCUCUUUUCCUAUUGCACUGCCCUGAGUUUCCUUGGGUCUGUAUCGCCGCAUCAGAUUUUGAUCAUCAUUCACGUUUCAGUAGCAUCGCCAUCUGCAUACUACAUACAUAUUAACCUUGACGUUGACCGUCGUUUCUUCAUCGAGCUCUAGCCAGGUGCUAUCCUAUCGUUUCUUCACUCUCCGGAAGAGCAUCGUCUCCAUCAAUUCGAUACAGCCCACAAGCCAUCCCAUUCAUUCGCUCUUCCGACGCUCUUCUACACAACUUUCCCUCCAGACACCAUCAUUCAGAUAAAAGAAAUCAUGCUGUCGAAGAAAUUGAUUGGAGCAUGGGCAUUCUUUGACAUGUGUCUUAUGGCUGCUGGUGCCCUCUCCCUCACCUUGUCCAUCAUAUGGCGCCAGCCCAACCUCUUACUAAAUUUGACGUUCAGUGGCAUGGACUUGACUUCCGGUAGCGUGCUUGGUAUAAUUCUCCUCGCCACUUUCGUUCUGUCCCUGCUUGUUAUUAUACAACGCGGCACCCUCGGCUUGAAGAUUCUUAACUGGGCGCUGCUUGCAAACGGCAUCGUCAUCCUAUUCGUAGGCACAUACAUCUGGGUCUUCACGCUGCAUGAACGGAGCAAUUACCAUACUAUAUUUGGGCAACAGAGCAACGAGAUCAAAAUUUUGAUCCAAGAUUCGCUCAAGUGCUGUGGUUACUUCAACGCUGCCGAUGAGGUUGCGUUUGGAGGCACCACCUGCCCCAAUCAGGCCGCCGCAACCGCUUUGAACAAUUUCUGUGUCACGCCCAUCACCAAGUUCACGGACACGACGCUGAACAACGUUUUUAGCACUGUCUAUGGUUUCAUGGCAAUUGUAAUCGGCUUUUUCCUCGCAAACAUGUGCGUUAUCAAGAAGAGGCAAGAAUUCGAGCGCUUCGAAAAGAUUGAUUCCAAGCGUGGCGGGCACAAUUUUAUUUAAAGUGCACAUUACUACCACUUUCUAAAUCGCUAUCGAUCAAUCUGCCCUGUUCGUUCACGUCAAUAUUUUUUACCCGUAGUCUUGUGACUGCGGAUGGCACUGUGUGAGCCAUUCGAUGCUUGUCUUUUUAAAUUUUGCUUCGAGGACAUUCCUCCAUUAGUUUCCUUUUCUUUUGUGUUCAUUGCAUCUGCUUUACUGGUCUUGUCUUGGAUACGGAUCUCCCUUGUAUCCUUUGUACUGGUAAUUACUACGUACCAACGUGUUCUGAUAAUGAAUGGACAUUGAGUUUGGUACAGAAUUCGAAGAGGCCUUGCUACGAACGGGUAUCGUGCUGUAGCACGGUGACGCAGAAGGAACGACUAUCUUCAUUCUAUUUGGUCGGCCUAUGGGAGACUAGUACACAGUAGGUUUGUUAAAUAAUCAACAAGUUUGAUC